AUGAUUAAUGUAAACUCAGUAUCAUUAGUUGGAUCGAUUAGUUGGAUCGUUGUAUUCUAGCUGUAUGAAUGAAUUGAAUAUGAUUGUUUCAGUGUGCUUUACUAUCAAUUAUUUAAAAAGGAGGGAUUGUGGCGAAGCGCGUAAUGUCCACGCCUCUUAUUACAGACAAUUAAUAGUAUAUCCUCUUACAGUACAGGCGUGAACCACUCUCUGAAUGGUGUUUAGUGCUGUUGUUGAUUCUUAAAUUUAAAUUGUAUAACAUAAACAUAAUGUCCGUAUAGAAGAAACACAAACAUGGGAAAAAUUACGCGCUAUGGAUUUAUGAUUUGACAAACAAUAUAUGUGUGAUAAUAAACGUUACAAUCAUGUGUCAAACUGUUCAACUGACUUUAAUGCUGAGUUAUGGGCUGUUACUUCUUUGCACGAACAGUUUGUCCGGUCGUGGAAAGCGUUUUGCUAUUCGUUCGCUGUGUGCUAACUCAACACAUUUUGGCAGAGAGAAUUUUACGUUAAAUAACAUUGACACGGCCAUUGUCUGUGGUCAAGCUUGUCUCAAGCAUAACUGCCAGUCGUUUGUGUUUGACCAGAAACUUAGACAUUGUUCUUUAAAGGACAACAUAUUAAACGACGAACCCAGGAUCUGCAUCGAAAACGUUCUUUAUGGAAUACAGGCUGACCUGGCUGAUAAUUGCGUGGCGAAAGGAAACAUUCGUCUUUGCAACGGUUCCAACUCCUCAAGUGGUAGGGUGGAAGUUUUAAUUAAUGGACAGUGGGGGACAGUUUGCGACGACAGCUGGAAUGAAGCCUGCGCUCAAGUCACGUGCAGAAUGUUUGGAUUCACGAACGGGUCAGGUGUAUCACAGGCUUACUUUGGACCUGGAUUUGGACAAAUUCUGAUGGAUGAUACGCUCUGUAGUGGCAAUGAGACGUCUCUGUUUGAUGUUACAUACACUAGCACUCACAAUUGCAACCAUCAAGAAGAUUCUGGAGUAAACUGCUUUGAUAAUUAAAAGUAUUUUUUGCGAUUAAUACUAUUAGAGUGAUAUUGUCUAAUUUCUAAAUAUACAUUUCUAAGUUGUAUUCAUGUUUAAUAAGGAUAAUAAUGUGUUUCUGUGUAUAAAAUAUUUUUGCACAAACAUUUUAUAAUUAUGGUUUACUUGUGUGUGCGUGUUCGGGUAAACUUUUAUUUCUGAACUUUUCUGAUCUUUUAUAGUGCGAUGUGUAAUUGUACUUUACGAUUUAAAGACUUCUUUAAUCUGCUUAGUUCGAAUAUGGUGUGUUCGUGUUGUUUUGGUUAAUGUAUAUAGUGUCGAUAUAAAUGAAUACAUGUAUAUGCAAUGUUCUAUACAUUUUUAUGUAAACACCUUUUACAGAACAUUGACUAACAUUGCUUUUUUUAACUUUGUCUGCAAUGUGAUAUUUGUAUGCAUUUUUUUCCUUUUUCUUCUAAACUGACGAUGUUAUCACUUCAAACUUUAAAAGUCACCGAUGCGAAUAACAGGAUUAUAAUUGCUUGAAACCUUGAAAAGAUGUAAGCUCUAUGUGAUUAAAGGCGUGAAUAAAUAUCAGAAAGAUAGAAUACUUUUAAUACUUUAAAUAAAAUUAUAGCGGAAGACCUUCAUAAAUUGUUUUCAUUUGUUUUAUGGCUUUCCAUAGCCAUUUGAAGACAAGUUAAACAUGCGGACGUACUUUUAAUCCGUAAGGCCUGGGCAUAUUUUCUCUGUGUUAUUGUUUAACUGUGAGUAAAGAGCAUUUUUGAUUAUCAAUGUAUAAUUGCCGAUAAAUGUGCAGCAAUCACCUAUAUACGAAAUACUUUGUUAACACAAACAGUUAAGCUUUGUAUAUAUAGUGUUCACCUUUACAAAUUAACAAAUUAUAAUUACCUUAAAUUUAUUUUAAUGCUUU